GUACAAUUUUCAAGUUGGGGACCACACGUUGAGAAGCUCUUUCCUCAGGGAAGCUUACGAAAAAGACAAACAGCUUGAAAUCCGAUCCAUGCCAAGGCUCAGUGAGAAGCAUUUUAAUUUGACUUUUGCCUCCAAAAUGUCAGUGAAACUAGCAGCGCAAAUAUUCAGUAAUCACUGUGCUGCUGCAAUGUUUGCCAUGGUAACUUUCCAGCAACUGCCAGUUGAAGCUAUCCACACGGCCCGGUUUAUUGAAAAAAUGGAUCGUCUUUUUGAUAGCUUGAACAGCUCACAGAAACGCGGGAAGAGUGCAUAUGUGUCUGCGAUGCACGAAGGCUCUGUUCACAAGGAGUUUCUGAAAGAAUGCCUUCAUAUGUUCGAAAGCCUUACCGUUCUUGGGUGCCCACGGCAGCCUGCUUGCAUUCGCGGUUUCUCCUUGACCAUUCGGUCUAUUAUGCUGAUUUGUGAGCACCUGACAUCUGAGUAUGGUUUCAGAUACCUCCUGACUCGCCAUCUCAACCAAGAUGCACUCGAAAACACAUUCUCCGUAAUAAGGUCAAAGUCUGGUGCGAACGCCAAUUCCUCUUGCCGGCAGUUUCAGGCAGCCUUUAGACAUCUCCUAGUUAGCAACUUGUUUAAACUGUCUGACAAGAGCAACUGCGAAGAGGACAUGGCAACUCUUUUAGCGGCUCUUCCGGUUGGUUUCUCAGCUCCCUCAGCUUCACUUAGUCUAGGAAGCUCACUUCCACAAUGUGCAGCUGACCUCACAUCCUGUAGUUAUCCCAUUUUAUUAUCACUUAACAACAUGGUUUACUUUGCUGGAUGGCUUGUAACAAGGUUUAUCAAAUAUCACACAUGUCAUAACGUGACUCAGCAAUGUGAAUUGCAAAUCAAGAAUGCCACUUUUUCUGAUGACAGCCAAGUGUUUUUGUAUUUGAGUGUGAAAGGAACGGCUGAAGGAGACUUUGGAAGCCUCUCGGUCCCCUCACCUUGCUUUGUUUCUUCCGUUCAAGCUUGUGAGAAGGUUUUUGUGGCGUCAAUUGACAGUCUUGUUUUGAAAGAAGGCGUUGGGAAGGCGUUGUGCAUCACUCUACAUGAGAAGGUCGAAAAGCUGCUGACACUCUGCAGUGAGGAUGUCUAUGGUGAUUUAUUUGCUUUGUUUACAAGGGUGAGGCUUCAUUGGUUCGUCCGUAAAAAAAAUACUGAGCUCUUUGAUGCAGCUGUGAGACGCAAAACCCAGCAACGAGUCUAG